AUGUGGCUGGAUGUCCGAGACUUGACGCCGGAGACUACUGGCUUAGCUUUUGAUAAACCAGAACUAGCUGCCACUGCCACUACAACAAGCCAUCAAUCUCAAUAUACCUCAAUAGUCGCGCAAGAGGUUGCAGGGUCAUCCAUGCUCUGUCAAGAGCUCGAUGCCAUACAGACUCCUCAGGAGCUCCCUGCUGAGCCCUUUAGUCGGGGUUCUGACACCGAAUACCUCUCGGAGUCGAAGGCCCGACACAAGAGUCGUGAUUGUAUCAGCAGCCCUGAUGAGAAGGUCGAUCUGAACGUGUCUCAAGACUUCGACAAUCAAUCUACCGUCGAACGUCCGGUGUCGCGAAAUGAGCCGCGGAGUUGGUCAGUAACCGUUGCCGGACCAGACUUUACAAAGCUCGUUGACGAAAAGGGCCCUCGUCUGAACGAUCAGACAAUUGAUUGUGCGAAUCCUGCGUUAUCGCCUGAUACUAGCUGUCAGUGGCCGGGUCUGCAAGACGACGCAGGGAUCAUCGACACUGUUCCCACUCGUGACCUUGUCGAAGACCUUCGUCAUGUAUUCAUGCUGAUACACAUUGAAUGGAUAUUCAAGUUAUUAAGCUCGCCUGAGCUCUAUGUCUCAUGCCCGUCGAUGUCGAGUGAGACCGCUUUCGAUCUCGGCCUAAGAACCUUGUUGCAAUUCAUACAGGGUGAACUUCCGAGGACACUUCAAUCCACAUUCACUUUGAUGGAAAUUACAAUCGCCUGUGCUUACACUCUUUACGAGGAUCGUGAUAUGAGCCUUUGGGAAGACUUAUUUGAAAGUGUCUUGGGCUGGCAAUAUGCAAUCAGUGACACCAUCGAGCGGGCAAUCUUUGUGCGCAGCAUGAAAUACUUGAUGGGUCACCAGCAUUACAAGGGUGUAAUGUCUUAUCCUUCCAAAGAUAUCAUCCCAUCACAGCGUCUGCCAGCUGCUGAUCGCUCACAAUAUGAACGAGAAGUCCUUCACAUCAUGACUCCCGCUGUCCACAAUCCUACUGCCGCCGAGCUCUCACAGGAGCCCCAGAUGUAUAUUGAAGAUAGUUUGCUCUGGAGUCAGCUGGGAAAAGGGCGAGCAAUGAAUCUUUGCUGGGAGUUUCUUGAAGACAUCGCCUAUGCAGAGUUACUGCUGCGGUCUGUUUCACCGCUGCAGGCUACUACCCUAUACAGUCCACGACACAUGGAUAUCAUUGUUGACCUGGAAACUUUUAUCAUCGCUCAGCUACGGUCCUAUCGUGAGAUGAUCGUGCUUGAGGAUGUGAUUGACAGCACUGAGCUACAAAUAUACAACGGUCUCUUGCGUGAUCCACGAGAGGUGGAAGUCGCACUUCUUUACUAUUGCAAACAACAUAUGCCGAGAUGGUCAUCGAUGAAGACUCAACCUGGGCAGCCAAACAACAGCUCCCAGGCGCGAGAGGCAUGUCGCCAGAUCAUCUCCCAUGUUUGCAACCAACGUAUGACAGCUGCAGGGUGGCGCAACCGUCACCGGGCAAAUGAUAUGAGAGUUGUACUCGCUAUUGCGCGCGAACAGGAAAGAGACCAGUGCCCUGUCAGUCUACCAACAUAUGAAGAUGCCGUCAAAGAUCAAUUCAAUAGCGCAACUGCUUCAUCUCCUUUAUCGGAGGUCCAACUCGAUCCAGACCUCUAUGACCCUACUCCGGAGUCUUCCAAGGGCAAAGCAAGAGGCUCGUAUACACUCAUCCAGCCUAACGAUCCCAUGCCUCCGACCUCUGUUAGUCAAGUGCAGGAUUUUGCUUCGCUCCAUGAAGCAGAUGGACCCACUCCAUCAACCUCCUUCAGCCAGGCGCCUUACUACGCUACUCUCAACCAGGCCGAAGGGUCUACGCCACCGACCUUUGUCGGCCAAGCGCAAGUAUCACCCACUGUCACUGAGCCUGACCAUACCCCGCCGCCAACCUUCGAUGGGACCUUUCUGCCAACGCCACCAUCUUCGCAAGGCUCUCCGCGUUCAGCCACACAAAUGAUCAGAUGUCGCUAUUGCCACCGCAUGCAUACAAAAGGUAAUCUAAGUCGCCAUAUCAAGAGAAUUCAUGAAGAUCCAAAGACGUGGUCAUGCCAUGUGUCGACCUGUACGUCUACAUUCACACGUAAAGAUGCCGUAAACAAGCACAUUGGCAAGGUUCAUGGUGGUGUCUCUCUGCAACGACAGGGUGCCAAGAGACUGAAGAAAUGA